GCAAUGUCCGAUGUGCUCUGUUUGGGAGAGGCCUCCGUUGUCAUCACCGACGCCAUAUUAUCCUCUCUAGGGUUUCUAAAUGGAGGCGUUUGCGGCUUGCCCUGCAUGACCCCGGCCUCGCAUUGGCCUAGAGUACGCACAUCUGCCCCAAUAAGCCAGCUCGCGAUAGACAUCGCUGUCGGACAAAAUAAGGAGAAUCCCCCGAAUGCGUACACGACAGCUAUCAUUAACAAUGGACGACAUGAAUGCCACUCAGUUUAACCUCCUCGCUCUUGACAUCGUGUCUUGGCCGGCGAGCAAACCCUUCGGCGGGGCACCAUGGGAGGAGAAGGAGAAUUUCCCAACCUGUGAGCAAUUACUUGCACCCAGCCCAGCAAACACCCCUUCAAACGAACGCCGCAAGGCUAUGCAAUACCUAGCAGAUUCCUCCUGGAAUUCUGCCCACUCGCUCCCCUGCCAAUCGCCGACACCUUUACCCCCUCUGCAGGACGAUGACCAGGUCGCGCCGCACCAAAGUCCGAGGAGGAGGCGCUGCACUGUCUCGACUGGCAUGCCACUGGCCACACGACAAGGCUGCGGAAUCUCCAAGUCUCUUGCAGCUGGACUAAUGUUUCGCCUCGGCCUGUCAACCAUCCCUCAGUCUUCUAGAAGAAGGACUCACAGCUCUAUUCCAUACCGAGCCCCCUGCACAACCUCCUCCGCCGUAGGCGGGAUGGCAUCAUCCCCCAAAUUUCCAUCCGCGCCUGCUUAUGCAACACUCUUCGACACCUUCGUCGGCAAUCUUUCUGGAAUACUGUGAAACACCCCUGCAGCGAUUUACGGCUUCCAAGAAAAGUCCCCUCGCAAUAGGUUCCAUGUCCGGCAGGGGAUCAGGGGCAUGCGGAUGAAGAACUAUCAGCCGGGUUUCGCUCCGCUGGCCAGUUUCCUCAGAAAAGUCCUCACGCU